UCCUGUCCGCUCUUGGGACACUGCCAAUCAAGAGGUCGCUCAAUUCUGUUAGUCGUCUUUUUCAUUGCACUGAACAGUAUAAAAGGUGCCGUCUGUGUAUAGGUUUGUGCCCAUUAUUACUUUAGCUUUUCUCACUCGGAGGAGGCAAUGUCGCGUUACUCAAAGUCUCUCCUCUUCAGUGCACUCUUAGCAUUAUCUUCUCUUGUCUCUGGGUUGGGCACAUCCUGCUCAGCGCCAUUGGGUGGUGGAACAGCAGCUCCAAGUGAUCCGUAUUGGCUUGAGACUAUCAAGCACCAAGGAACUUCGGCCUUCAACUCGGACCCGAGUUCUUACCAAGUUUUCAGAAAUGUCAAGAAUUUUGGGGCCAAGGGCGAUGGUGUCACCGAUGACACUGCUGCCAUCAAGCAUGUCAUUGUUCUCGUACCCGAGUGUAAACUUACCGAUUUUCUAGCUCGGCGAUGUCAUCUGGUGGACGUUGCGGAGGUGGAUCUUGUGAUUCCUCCACGUCAGUGCAGAGCGUCACGCGUCUCUGUGAAUACGUCAACUAAUCGUACUCGUAGCGUUACUCCGGCCAUCGUGUAUUUCCCUGCAGGCACUUACGUCGUCUCUUCGGCAAUCAACACAUACUAUUACACUCAGAUGAUCGGAGAUGCGAAGAAUCCUCCAACUCUUCUUGCCAGCUCAUCAUUCAAUGGAUUUGCAGUCAUCGAUGCCGAUCCUUAUAUUCCAAAUGGUUGGGGCGCUCAGUGGUUCACUAACCAGAACAAUUUCUAUCGCUCUGUUCGCAACUUGAUCAUCGACCUUAGGCAAAUGCCUGCAUCGACUUCUGCAAUCGGUUUGCACUGGCAGGUUGCGCAAGCCACCUCGCUCAUCAAUAUCGUGGUCGAGAUGUCCACCGCUUCCAACAACAAGCAUCAAGGCAUUUUCAUGGAGAAUGGAAGUGGUGGAUUUAUGGGAGACAUCGUAUUCAACGGAGGAAUGUACGGGAUUCAAGUCGGUAACCAGCAGUUUACGGUUCGUAAUUUAACAGUAAACAAUGCUGCCACUGCUGUCUCUGGCAUCUGGAAUUGGGGAUUCACAUUUCAAGGGGUUACGAUCAACAAUUGUCAAGUCGGCUUUGAUUUAACAACCGGUGGAACAACAACUAGUAAUCAGACCGUUGGUUCAGAGGCUAUCAUUGAUGCGGUUGUGACCAAUACCCCCAUAUUCGUUCGCUCUUCGGUAGCGAGCAAAGGUCAACUGGCCGGCUCGCUCGUUCUCAACAAUAUCCAGCUGAACAAUGUUCCUACCGCCGUCGGCGUUGUAGGCGGAACUACAGUACUUGCUGGUGGCACGAAGACGAUUGCUUCUUGGGGUCAAGGAAAUGUAUAUUCGGGAACCAGUGGAUCCAAGACUUUUACACAAGGAAACAUCGUCUCUGCGAACAAGCCAUCCAGCCUUUUGAACAGUGCUGGUCGAAUCUUCGGGAAGACUCAUCCUCAGUAUGCGAACUACGCUGUCAGUCAAUUCAUCAGCGUCAAGAGUCAGGGGGCGAAAGGUGAUGGCCACACAGAUGAUACCGCUGCUAUUCAAAACGUCCUUAAUGAGUACACUGGAUGCAAGAUCAUCUUCUUCGAUGCCGGCACGUAUUAUGUGACCAAUACCAUCCAAAUCCCUGCCGGAACACAGAUCGUCGGUGAAGCCUGGUCAGUCAUCAUGGCUGGUGGGAGUGCUUUCAGCGAUCAGAACAACCCUCGUGCCGUUAUUCAAGCCGGCGCAGCUAAUUCUCAAGGUGUCCUGGAGAUAAGCGAUAUGCUCUUCACUACUGCUGGCCCUGCUCCCGGUGCCAUAAUGAUUGAGUGGAACGUGCACGAUCCAUCUGGUCAGCAAGGGGCUGCAGGGAUGUGGGACAGCCAUAUUAGGUUGGGUGGAGCUGCGGGUACAAACAUGCAGUCUUCCCAAUGUCCCACAGGCUCUAUCAGCGCUUCCUGUCAGGCUGCUUUCCUCGGGAUACACUUGACUUCUGGAUCGAGCGCAUAUCUUGAGGGCACGUGGGUCUGGACUGCCGACCACGACCUUGAUUCUUCUGGCUCCACUCAAAUCUCGAUCUUUACUGGUCGUGGGAUUCUCUCCGAGUCUCAUGGCCCCGUGUGGCUUAUUGGUACAUCCGAACACGCUGCGCUGUACCAGUAUAGCCUGGUAAACGCUCAGAACCAUUACAUUGGCUUCGCCCAGACUGAAACGCCAUAUUACCAACCCUCUCCGGCUGCGCCAGCACCUUUUAGCACUGUCUCAUCUUACAACGACCCCACCUUUUCGAGCUCGAUCGACAUGGCCUGGGGAAUAUACAUCCAGUCUUCAAGCAACAUCAUCAUAUUUGGAGCGGGCUUGUACAGCUUCUUCAAUAAUUAUAGCCAAGACUGUUUGAGCACUAACACUUGCCAAGCGCAAAUCUUCAACGUCGAUUCGGCGUCGAGCGUCACCGCAUACAGUGUGUCGACCAUAGGCACUACUUACCAACUCAGCGUGUCACAGAAUGGGGUCAUCCACUCGAGCGACAAUGCUGAUGGGUUCCAAGAGACUUUCACGGCUUGGAGCACGUAGGAAGGACCGACUGGGUCUUGCAGCAUUCAGCUAUACUAUAUGCGAAAUCUGGGAUUUUAUGUAAUAACACCGGGGUCCUUGUACGAGAAUACAAAUUUAUGACUGCAAAUAUCCAUGGAUAGUGGGCAUCAUAAAGUAAAGCAAACGGGAAACUGUCACAACAGACCUAAUUGAGAGUAAGAAUUUGCAUGCGCUCCUCUCGUGUAGCAUACAACAGCAAAUAU